AUGCAGUUCGCACAACUCCCAUCAUCUGAAACAUUCUCGCUUGCAACAAUCCCCAAAGAAAUCGAGAUCUACAGCCCAUGCAAAGUUUGUGGUGACAAGGCGCACGGUGUGCAUUUCGGUGUGAUGGCUUGUCGAGCUUGUGCUGCAUUCUACAGACGAUUUAUCGUGCUGAAUUUGGAGUAUGAGUGUUUGAAUGAUCCGAGGAAGUGUGCAGUUGAUAGUACGAGACGAAGUUCUUGUAGACAUUGUCGAUUUCAGAAAUGUUUGAAAGUCGGGAUGACUACGGAUAGUGAGUGGAGUUUUGGAAAGUUUUGUUCUGAAUUUCAAGAUAUUAUUUUUUUCAGAUGUUCAAUUCAAUCGAGAUGUCUAUUCUCAGGAACGUCGGAAAAAGAAGAAUGCUUCGGAAAUCAAUGGAAAUAUCCCAUCGACAAGUUUACAUCGAAGCGAACUAGCUGUGCAAGAACAACUCUAUCGUUCAACAGUUUUCGAGGAGUGCAAGAAUAUAAGUAUCAGAAUUGAAUGUGAGAAGAUCUUCCAAAGAAAUCAUCCCAACAUGAAUGACGAAUUUGGCAAACUUAAUCACUUGCAAAAAAUCGCCAUCGGUCUCGAAAAACUGCGAGCCGGUGAAGAUGUGAUCGACAUCAAAUUCAAUAAUCGAUUGAGUUUCGAUAACUUGGUGCCACAUUGGGCGUGUGUUUCGAAGAAGUUGGCCGAACUUGUGAUGCAUUCGUGGGCUUUUCGGAAUAUCGAUUUGUUUGAGCAGUUGAGGAUUUUCAAAUAUGUUUGGAAAACACUUCAUCGUCUUGAGAGAUUGCAAAUGACUGUGCAGGUUUAUGGAGAGAAAUGUGUUGAUGAGAAGGUGAGAAAUUCAAGUGAGAGUCUAUCCCUUUUUCGUCUGGCGUCUCUUGCACACACACGAUAAUGUUUACUCUCUCGUUUCCCCUGUUUCUCAGCGGAAACAACAAAAAAAUCAAUUUUCAGAAAAUCAUAAUCAAUUGUGAAAGAGCCAUUCAACUCGAUGCUCUUUUCAUGGACAUCGAGGGAAUUUCCAAAGAAAAGAAGCGAUUCACCCUGACAGAAUUCAAAAAAUACGCAAAUCGUCUGAUAAAUGAAGUCGCUCGCCCUUUGUGCAAAUUCAAAUUCUCAACAAUGGAAGUCAGCUACAUGCUAUGCAUGGUUUGUCAAUACAACGAGCAACAAUAUUUUGGCAAUAAUGUCACGCCGGUUUCCGAUGCUUUUGAAGAUGAAAUCGCAAAUAAUCUUCAUCAGUAUUAUAUGGAUAUGGGGAUACAUAAUUAUGCGCCGAGAAUUCAGCAGAUUAUGAAAUGUGUUAUUGCGAUGAAACGAAUUCAUAAUGAUGAUUAUAUUGGGAAUCUUGUCAAUCCUCCAACUCCAUUUAAAAUUGAUCAAAAAUGUGCACAACAAUAA